AUGCAGGCGCCGUGGGUUCGCCCCUCGACUCGGAGCGUCGGGGUGACGUCGACGCCUCGCGCGAGAUGCGCGGUGGCCUCGUCGUCCACGCGCGCGACCGGCGAACCGUCCCCCCGGCGGUGCGCGCCGGACCGUCGCGGCGGCGCGCGCGACGGAAGGACGACGACGAUUUUUUCGGCGACGACGGCGAUCGUCCCUCUCGCGGUGGCGCCGCCCCGGCGGUCGACGGGUCGACGCGGCGCGGACUUUUCCCGUCGGGGACCGGUUUCGCUCCGCGCGCGCCGCGCGCGUUUCGCCGUCGUCCCCGACGCGGGAGACGGCGAGACGGUCCCGGGCGGCGGCGACGAUGACGGCACCUCGGACGACUCGGACCCAUCGUCGGCGAACCAGGGCGACGACCGCGGUGGUAUCGUGGACGAGGCGACCGAGGAGACGGAGGAGGAGGACGAGGAGGACGAGUACGAGGAGGUGGAGGUGGAGGUGGACUACACCGUCCUCGACCACGCGCGGGACGCCAUCGAUUCCCUCGGCACGUGGAGCGACGUCGCCGGUUGGGGCGACGAUCAAUCCGUCACAAAUCGCGAGACCAGUCGCGGGGUCGGCGGAGCAGCCGGAACGUCGUCGUUCAAGUCGGCGGCGACGGCGCCAGUCUCCGCGGCGCCCGGGGGUAAGCUGGGCAUGGCCCCCACCGACGGCGUCGUCGUCGCGUUGGCGUUUACCAUCGGCGCGCUCUUCGGCCGACGACAGGCGGAGGCCGGCGGGGCGUCGAGGGGCUUGGCCGAGCUCGUGAAGAGCGGGAAUGGCGGGGCCGUGCCCGGCGGCGUCGAGCUGCGGCCGAUGACGGAGGAGGAACGCAUCGCGGACGAGAAGCGCCGGGCGGAGAGGCGCGCGGAGAAGGAGAGACGCGAGGCGGAGGCUACGAAGAAGCGAAAGGAGGACGAGGCUAAGUUUCUCGCGGCGGAGAAGAAACGGUUGGAGAAGGAAGCCGCCGAGGCGGAGCGGGUGCGAGUCGCGGAAGAGGAGCGCAGGGCCAAGGUGAGGGCCGAGCUAGCGGAACGCGCCGAGAUUGAACGCGCGAUUCGCGAGGAGAAGGAGGCUAAGGAACGCGAGGAACGAGAGCGAAGGGAGCGGGAGGCGGAGGAGGAGCUGAGAAAAAGGCGCGAGGAGGAGGCGCGUGUCGCGGCGGAGAGACUCGCGGCGAUGAACGCCGAGAAAGAGCGCAGGGGCGAGACGCUCAAAGGCUUCGACGUCGCCGCGUCGGUGACGUACGAGUAUCGCGCGGGCGCUGGCGACGUGGAGGUUGAGGUGCGCGCCCGGUGCGGGAUAUCCUCCCCGGCAACAAUCUCCGACGCGUUCCCGACGUCCGAGAAGGCGAGGCGGGGCGCGCUAGAGAUGUGCAGCGCCGUCGCCAAGUCAGCCGUCGCGAACUUCGCGUCGGACCAACGCGUGCGGCGCAUGACGGGGGAGACGGACCGCUGCCUCAUCGGCGUGGACCCGGUCACAGGCGCGGGUUUCGACGACGCGGAAUUCGACCACUGGAUGCGCGUGAGCCAGGCGAGGACGGACGCCGAGCUUCGCACGCUCGUCAUGCGCGGUGGAGCCGCGAUGGAGCUCAAGAUUCGUCAGCCCGGCGGAGCGUCUAACAACCAACGCGAAACGUCCGAGCUCGAGUUUCGACCCGAACGAGCCUCGUUGCCCAGCGCGGAUGCGGAUAACGUCGCCAACAGGCUCACCGCCGCCGCCGCCGCCGCCCUCGACAACGCGUACGGCGUGGCGACCGAGGAUCUCGACUGGGUCGCCAGGUACGAGCUCUCCGCACUUCACGGCUUGGACGCCUCCCUGUGCUUCCCCGCGGUUUCGGAGGGUGACGGCGAUAAGAACCGAUUGAAGGGGACGGUCACGGCCACCAUGCUCACGCUCUCGCACUGGAUCGCGCGCGCGAAGAUGAACCUCGCGAGCGCCGGCGACGCCGGCCCGGGGCUCGCCGCCGUGUCCGCUCUCGAGGAGUUGGCGUCUCAGACGCUGAGCCGGGUGGCCAACGCCGAGGGCGCGAGCUGGAAGGCGAUGUACCUCGACGGCUUCAGCGGCGACGCGGUGACGCGGAUCGCCGCCACCGCGCGCGCUCUUCUGGAGGAGGACGACGUGAUUCGCGCCAUCUUGGAGCGAACAGAGGAGGAGCACCUGCGGAAGCUGAUGAACCAGCCGACUCUGGACGAGGAGCAGUUCCCCGACCGAGAGGAGGCGCGGCGAAUGCGAUACCGCGCCGAGAAGGACGCCGAGCCGCUCGCGGAGCGACUGUGGGCGAUGCGAAACUCCGCGGCGCAGCUGGCGCAGUCGGGCGCCAGGGCGCAGGCGAGGACUAUGCUCGAGGAGGCGUACACGAUGCGCAUAGACGACGUCGCGAAGCGGCGGGAGGCUUCCGGGUUGGACCCCGCGCCCCCGGGGUCGGUGGCCCCCGAGGCGCUCCCGGAGCUUCUCGCGCUGGAGGAGUGCUUCAGGGGCGAGCCCAGCUGGGAUAAGGAGCUCGCGGGCGUUCGCGGUCAGGUGCUCAAGGCGGUAAGGGCCGCCGCCGCGAGGUCGCUCGCGAUGAACGACGCCAAGCGCGCGGCGGCGCUGCUCGAGGGCGCGGCGCGCGAGUACGGCUCGGACAGGAAGCUCGGCGCCACGCACGUGUCCGUGGCGAAGACGAGAGACGCCGCGGAUGAGGCGUGGAGGGCGGCGGGAAUCGAGGCGGACGACGAGGAGGCGAAGGAUGCAGCGCUCGCGGUCGUCGCGGGGACGCCGGUGCCGCGGGGACAGGGCGGCGGCAUCGUGAUGAAGCUCGGCAAGACGUACCUCGAGGAGCUCGAGAUUCGAAGAAAAUGA